UGAAAGCGCAUUCAGAGAAACCGCGCACUCUUGGUGAGUGAUUGCGCGUUCGGCGGCGCGCAGACCCCCGGCAGCAAAAGCGGCUCCUGUCUCCGUGCAGGUCACUUCUCAUGCAGAGCGCGUCUGGGAAGAAUACCGCCAGGCUCUCUCUGCGUCCUUCACACUUUUUUUUUUCUCCCUCCCUGUGCAUAAGAGCAGCGAUGGAAAAUUAGAGCCAAAAGAGACGAAUGAUUAUCUUCGGCUCUUUUGUUUUUCUGGACAAUCCCUCCGGGUCUGCUGAGGAUCGAAUAUCUGAUGGAAACUCAGCGCUUCCGCCUGCUAUCUGGCUGUGAGGAGGCAUCAGGAAACUGAAGACAGGAGACAACGUGUUCUGAAUACAAAGGAGGGCAACUAUUGACACCUUCUAGAGACCAUCCGCCGUGCGCCUGGACAAAGGGGAAAGGACGUCUACAAAGGAUUCAGUUUAUUAUCGGUUCAUCACUUUGUUUGUCCUCUGCCAAUACCAUCUUUGGGCGCCUAAUAAUAAGCCAAACAUUCUCAUCUUAUCAGAGGUAAAACUGCCUUCCCUUUUGUCUUUUUGUAUCUCCCAAGCGCUCGAAAAACUAAUACAAAACGAACAACGCAAGACUCAUCUGCAACCCUGCCAUGCUGUAAAGUGUUUUUUAACCUGAUUAAAAAGAAAACGCAGCACCGACAUGGCUUCGCUGUAUCAGAGAAUCACCGGGAAGAUCAAUACGACCAAUUCGUUUCCGCACCCACCUGAGGCCAGCCACCUUCUUGGAGGACAGGUCGCAGACGAGGAGAACGGAACCAAGUCAUCUCACCAGGGAGCAGAGGGCCGAGCUCACGUCCAGUACAGGAAAAAGUGCUUACGGGAAGAUGAGGAUGACCUUGUGGGUAGCGCGCCGCCUCAGAGGAACUGGAAGGGGAUAGCAAUCGCCCUCCUGGUCAUCCUGAUCAUAUGCUCCCUGAUUGUCACCUCUGUUAUCUUACUAACCCCAAGUGAAGAUGACAGCCUCGCUCAUAAGAAGAAAGUAACAGUUGAAGACAUCUUCGGUGCGGACCUUCGAAUCCAUGACCCAGAUGCUAAAUGGCUCAGUGACAAAGACCUGCUGUAUCGAUCAAGGGAUGGGAAUGUUCUCCGGCUUAAUGUUGAAACGCAGAAAGAGGAUACUAUUGUGCCAAGUCAACUAUUUGAGAGGUCAAAAGCUGCCAGAUAUCAGUUGUCUCCAGACAUGAAGCAUGUGCUGUUUGCCUUUGAUGUAAAACCGAUCUACCAAUACUCCUAUUUGGCCAAGUACAUCAUUUACAGCCUCGUGACACAGGAGUCUUGGCCUUUAAAUCCCCCUGAGGUGAAUGAAGCUGUCCUGCAGUAUGCUGGAUGGGGACCCCAAGGCCAGCAGCUGAUCUUCAUUUUUGAAAGCAACAUCUACUACAGGGCAACAUUGGAGACUCGAUCAAUCCGACUGGUAUCAACCGGUAAAGACGGGGUCAUCUUUAAUGGUCUGACUGACUGGCUGUAUGAAGAGGAGAUCCUGCAGACUCACAUUGCCCACUGGUGGUCUCCAGACGGACUCCGUUUGGCCUAUCUGACCAUCAAUGAUACCCUGGUGCCAAAAAUGGAAGUUCCAUAUUUCACUGGCACGCCGUAUCCUGGCAGCCAGGACUAUCAUUACCCAAAGGCUGGAGAAGAGAAUCCUGUAGUGCACCUGUCUGUGGUGAGCCUCCAUGGUCCUCUGCACACAGUGGUGAUGAAGAAACCCGACGACCCUCGGAUAGGGAGGGAAUAUUAUAUCACCAUGGUGAAGUGGGCCACCAACACCAAGUUGGCUGUUAACUGGUUAAACCGAGCCCAGAACAACUCCAUCCUCACAUUGUGUGAGACCACCACUGGAGUCUGCAUAAAGAAACAUGAAGAUGAGAGUAACAGCUGGCUGCAUCGACAGAAUGAACCUCCACUGUUUUCUAAAGAUGGACACAAGUUCUUCUUCACCAGGGCAAUCCCUCAGGGAGGGAGAGGGAAAUUCUUCCACAUCUCUGUGUCCACCUCUUUGCCUAACAGCAGCACAGACAUCCUUCAUUCUCUAACAUCUGGAAAUUGGGACGUCACAAGCAUCUUGGCCUACAGUCAUGAAAAGAACCUCAUAUAUUUUCUGAGCACAGAAGACGACCCAAAGCGACGGCACUUGUACAGCUCUGACACGAUUGCUCCUUUCAACCGCUGCUGCCUGUCCUGCGAAUUCAAGUGUGGUUAUGUGGACGUUUCAUUCAGCCAUAACAUGGAGUACUUCUUGCUCAGCUGCAAAGGUCCAGAUAUACCAAGUGUGUCUGUUUACAGAACAAGGGACAAAGAGAAGGUGUUUGAAGUGGAGACAAACAAGAGAGUAAACGACACGUACAACAACAAGCAGAUGCCUAAAGUGGAGAAUAAGACCAUCACCAUCGAUGAUUACACUCUGACGAUGCAGAUUCUAAAGCCAGCAGGUUUUACAAGCACGGCCCACUACCCUCUACUGCUGAUAGUUGAUGGCACACCUGGUGGGCAGAUGGUGACGGAGCAGUUCCGGGUGGACUUUGCCACGGUUCUCGUCAGCAGCUUCAGCACCAUCGUUAUCCGCUUUGACGGCCAUGGCAGCGGUUUCCAGGGUACCAACCUGCUCCACAAGGUCCGCAGGAGGCUGGGCAAGCUGGAGGAGAGGGACCAGCUGGAGGCACUCAGGUUCAUAUCCAAAGAACCUUACAUUGAUAAGAAUCGAAUGGGAGUUUAUGGAAAGGCCUACGGCGGAUACUUAGCCACAAUGCUUCUGAGCUCUGAAGAGUUUACUCAGCUGAAGUGUGGCGUGGCCGUCUCACCUAUCACAGAUUUUGAGCUUUAUGCAUCUGCAUUUUCAGAGCGAUACCUUGGCCCAAAGACAGAUUCCAGAGUAUAUACGAUGGCUAAUUUGGCUCACAGAGCGGGUCGGUUGCUGGAGAAACAGUUCUUAAUAAUUCACCCGACAGCUGAUGAAAAGGUUCACUUCCAGCACACAGCAAAAUUCAUCAACCAUUUAAUCAGCGAGAAGGCCAAUUACACUCUACAGAUCUACCCAGACGAAGGCCACUUCCUGCACAGCGAAGGCACACAGCAGCACCUGAGUCAGUCCCUUGUCAACUUCUUUGAGGAGUGUUUCCGGGAGCCAGAGACGCCCAAGCGUGACGACCAGGAUGAGGUCGAGGAAGACAGUUAAACCUGGGCCCGCCAGGCAGCCGUGGCCACCUCCUCUAUCACAGCACAAUAUGCAACAAAUCUUUCUAACCUAAAGUCUACGCCGCCUGCCGUCCAAUCUGAUUUUAGCUCUAUUUUGAAGCACUUGCAUGUGCAAACAGGGCGUCGGCCCCGAUUCCC